UGUCUUCCCCUUCUGAGUACUUGGGAUUUGAGGUAACAAGUCUCCGAGAUCCUCUCCCACAAGCAUAGUGCUCUGGCACCAAGGCAGCCUCCUGCCCUGGGGGAAGGGUCUGCCUUACUAGCUUCUUUCCUCACAGGGCACCCUUGCCUUCUGGCUUUGACACAGGAACCGGGGAUGAUGGUGGAUGGUGGCGGCUCUGGGCCUGAUUAUCCUUGGUGAUGGUGGGAUAUCUCCAAGGCCUAGAGGGAGCCCGGUGACUGUAAACCGCUCUACUGAAGGAAUCCGUCCCAGUCCACGAGCCCUGUCCCCACCCAGAGCGCAGAGAUUGACGUGGAGGAGUAAAAGGCCACCUGAGCUGCUGGGGCUCAGAGAACUGUCACAGACCCAUGCCUGACCAGCAUGCAGGGGCUGGGAGCUUAGUUCAUGUCGCGGCUUUCCUUCCAGGUCCAGAAGCAGCAAAGAUGUCCAACGAGCCACCCCCUCCUUAUCCUGGAGGUCCCACAGCCCCCCUUCUGGAGGAGAAGAGUGGAGCCCCACCUACCCCAGGCCGUACCUCCCCAGCUGUGAUGCAGCCCCCUCCGGGCAUGUCGAUGCCCCCUGCAGACAUUGGUCCCCCACCCUAUGAGCCACCGGGUCACCCAAUGCCUCAGCCUGGCUUCAUCCCCCCACAUGUGAAUGCAGAUGGCACCUACAUGCCUCCAGGUUUCUACCCUCCUCCAGGCCCCCACCCACCCAUGGGCUACUAUCCACCAGGGCCUUACCCUCCAGGGCCCUAUGCUGGCCCUGGGGGCCACACUGCCACAGUCCUAGUUCCUUCAGGGGCUGCCACCACAGUGACAGUACUGCAGGGAGAGAUCUUCGAGGGCGCCCCUGUACAGACAGUGUGUCCCCACUGCCAGCAGGCCAUCACCACCAAGAUUUCCUAUGAGAUUGGCCUGAUGAACUUCGUGCUGGGCUUCUUCUGCUGCUUCAUGGGGUGUGAUCUGGGCUGCUGCUUGAUCCCUUGCCUCAUCAACGACUUCAAGGAUGUGACGCACACAUGCCCCAGCUGCAAAGCCUACAUCUACACGUACAAGCGCCUGUGCUAACGGAGCCGGGACUGGACUCCCUGCUGUCAGUCUGGCCCCCUGUGCUUUUGCUCCCCUCGCUCAGUGGCUCGCUUCCCUGCUCCCACUUGGGGGUGGAAGCCAUUCCACCAGUCCCCUGGAAGUCUUGUCCUCUUUGGCUUGCCCUUCCCUGAGC